AUGGAAAUCCAAUUUUCUUACUUGAAUGAUUUUUUACUUGGGAAGAAGCUGAUUCCCGGAAAUUGGGGUAUUGUUUUAAAAGGUAUAGAAAAGGAUUUAGAUAAUUUGGUGAAGGAUAAUAUUGAUAACAAUGAUCAAUUAGCAGAAGAAGUAAGAGUUUAUUUAAACAAUAGUAAAAAUGAUGAUAAGAAUUACAAGUUUCUGAUUAAGCUUAUAGAAUUUUUGAUUUCCUCCAAAGAGGGUGAGAUGAAGACAUUUUUUGGUAAUUAUAAAUCUACAUUAAUUAAUGAAUUAUUGAGUAUAAAAAAACGAUAUCAAGAUAAAAAUUUACAUUUACCCGAAGCAAUAAAAGAAGCUAAUUAUAUGUUAAAGUUCGGAUUAAACCAUUUAGAAAAGGAACAAAGAGAAAUAGUUUCAAAAAUAAAAAAUACAAAAAAGAAAAUACUGGAAUUAAAUGCUACAAAAGAUGGGAAUAUAGAAUUAUUUAAUAGUAAAUUAUCAAGUUUUGGAUUUGAAAAUAUUAAUGAAUAUAGAGUUGGAUUUGAUACCGGUUAUUUUCCAAGGGACAAAAUUACAGAUGGAAUACGAAAUUAUUAUGAUUUGAAGCUUAAAAAAUUCUCAAAUGAACUAUUUGAAGAAAUUAAUAAAUUAUUAGAAAAUAAUGAUUUAUUUAAUUUAUAUUUGGAGUUAAUUAAAGAAGCAAAUACUAAUUUAGUUGGUAAUGAUAAGUAUAUUUUAGAACAUAUUAUAGAUUUCCCAACUUUAAAUAUGUUGAAUGGAAAUCAAGAAAAAAAUGAUGAAAAGAUUGAUUUCACUGAUAGGGGAAAAGAAAAUGAAUAUUCUAUAGAAAUAAUAGAUAAUUCAGAUAUUAAUUUAGUAGAUGAUGAAAAUUAUAAAGAUUUUGAAAUUGUUCAAGAAGAAGAACCACCAAUUCAAAUUCAAAUAUUUGAGAAUCGCCAGCUCUUCGGAAAAUUACUAAUGGAACUUUAUGAAAUUGAAUCAUUCCUUAAGAGGUAUUUAAUUGAAAAUUUUGGUACUGAAUGGAAGAUCAAACUAAAAGUAAAUUUGGAGGCAAACAUUGAUAUAAAAAAUAAAACAAUAAUAGACUAUUACAAUUUGGUGAGUAAAAUAAUAGGAAAAUUAACCGAAUCUGAAAACUAUGAAAUAAUUACAUUUAGAAGGAAUAAAUAUGUUGUUAUUGAGAAAAAAAUUGAAAUAAUUUUUGCAGUCUUUAACAAUAUAAUAAAUCAACAAAAUUUGAUCGAGAAUAUGGAAGGUAAGAUCAAACAAUAUUAUCAGGAUCUGAGUGAAUCUCAACAAAAGUAUACACAAUCUACACAAAAACUGAGGGAAAACAUAAUUUUCCUACAAGAGGAGUUAAAGAAUAUUUUAAAUAAAGAAUAUAUAAUUAAGGGAGUAAACAAAUAA